UAGAUAAGUAACAUUGCGGAGCGACUUGUCUAUCUUAUCGCCAAAUUCGUGAAAUAUUUCCAAUAUGGCAGACACCUGGAAGAACAUUAUCGGUGUGGUGCUGUUAGCUGUGACGUGUUAUGCCUGUGAUGACAUGGAUACAGCGGUGUGUCAACGCCUGAUUGCCGCCAAACCGGACAUGUGUAAUGACACGUGUUACUCCUCGAUAUGCAAGCGCUUCUGUGGACAAUGUCCUCUCAAAUGCUAUAGCUGUACCGAUAUAGAAUCCUUACAAAAAUGUAACGCCACCAUUGAGUGCCAGGGCAAAGAUUAUCAAUGCAUAUCUGCCGCGUCUUUCACGAAUGAUUUCCGAGAGGUCUACAAGCUUGGGUGUGCUCCUUCCACAGUGUGCUCCCACUACGGGAGGCGGUCGAUUAACAAAAGAGCAGGGACUUCUUGUUGCAACACAGACCUGUGUAACCAUGGGAGCAGCAACAAACGAAAUACAAAACCUAAGGCUCCGGAAACGGUAAAACGACAGGUUACCUCCCCUGCAUGUCACGACACAGACAGUCUGGCGUGUACCCUUCUCUUCACCAUAAACACUCAAAUGUGUGCAGAUGAUUGUAUAGCCAACACUAUAUGUCCUAGACUGUGUGGAAAAUGCAGUAAAUGUUAUGAUUGUGACCACGUUUUAACAACGGAAAGAUGUAACCAUUCCAGGAUAUGCAAAGCAGGGGAGGUGUGCUAUACAUUAGAAACUUUGAACUUUGACCUUGAGCACGGAUACAGAAUGGGGUGUGUUCAUCAACAGGUUUGUGACAGUAUGUCCAGUCAAGUCAGCAAUGUGUUUGGCAGACGAUCCGAUUCUGUUGAAGUAUCAAUGAGCGGGGGGUGUUGUCAUGGUGACUUAUGUAACCAUCACAAACUGACCGGUGGUGUCAUGUCAACAAAUCCACCAACAACUACCACAGCUAAAAAAUGUUCGAUGACAGCUGGAUGUCCAUUUAAUCCUGCUGCAAGACUGGAUGGACAAUGUUACUUCAUAGGAAACAGUCCCUUAUCAUGGAGUAAUGCCAAGGCAUUCUGUGAAUCACAUUGUAGUCAUUUAGCCGUGUUUCAAGACUUGAAUCAGCUCCGUCUUACUAUGGAAGUACUCCAUCUAAGUGACGCCAUUUCAAAUUUACCAGCCGUUCACAAUCAUAUACUACCGGAUAUGUACGUGGAUGCAGUCAAUCCAACACACUCAAAUCACUUCCUGUGGUCGACUACCAAUCAGACAGUAUCCCCUACUUUAUUUGGUGGUUCUACUUCUCACCAUCCCUGUGCCUUUGUCCACAGUUCAAGACAUACUACCCACAGUACAGGACAGUUAGAAGGCACCGUUUGUAGCCAAAUGUAUCAUCCUUUGUGUCAAAGUAGAUUAGAAUAAAUGCAAUCGAAAACAUU